GCUCCUAUAAAAAAUGAAGCGACGAACGGAGCCCGUUCGGGAUCGUGUCCGCCGGCUACAACAACAAGAGACCGCAGAGAAUCAUCCGGCACCUCUCUCUCUCUCUCUCUCAUCCCUUCCCUCUCUGUGCUGACGAUUUGGAGGAAGUGAGGAGCAUAGGCCUCGCAAAAUCUCAAGACUCCAACUUGUGAAUUUCUGAAGAAGGCAACAUGGACUACUUCUAUGGACCAGGAAGGAACCACCUCUUUGUUCCGGGCCCUGUCAACAUCCCGGAUCAGGUCAUUCGUGCGAUGAACAGGAACAAUGAGGAUUACCGUUCACCUGCUAUUCCGGCACUUACCAAAACUCUCCUUGAGGACGUGAAGAAAAUUUUCAAGACUACUACCGGAACGCCAUUCCUCAUUCCCACCACUGGCACCGGUGCAUGGGAGAGCGCUCUGACCAACACAUUGUCUCCUGGAGAUCGAACUAUCUCGUUCUUGAUUGGCCAAUUCUCUCUGCUCUGGAUUGAUCAGCAGCAGCGCCUAGGCUUCAAUGUGGAUAUCGUCGAAAGUGAGUGGGGCCAGGGCGCCAAUCUCGACAUCCUGGCAUCGAAGCUCGCUGCCGACACUGCACACACCAUUAAGGCAGUAUGCAUCGUCCACAAUGAAACAGCAACUGGAGUCACGAACAACCUGGCUAAAGUAAGAAAAAUACUUGAUGACUAUAGGCACCCUGCCCUGUUUUUGGUCGAUGGAGUCUCUUCAAUCUGUGCUCUCGAUUUCCGCAUGGACGAAUGGGGAAUCGAUGUGGCCUUGACUGGCUCUCAGAAAGCACUCUCUCUUCCCACCGGAAUGGGCAUUGUUUGUGCAAGCCCCAAGGCUCUGGAGGCAUCCAAAACUGCAAAGUCGUUCAGAGUCUUCUUCGACUGGAAUGACUACCUCAAGUUCUACAAGUUGGGAAACUAUUGGCCAUACACCCCUUCCAUUCAUCUAUUGUACGGGCUGCGAGCUGCUCUCGAUCUCAUUUUCGAGGAAGGACUCGAUAACGUGAUCGCGAGGCAUAACCGUCUCGCCACAGGAACUAGGCUUGCUGUGGAGGCGUGGGGGCUGAAGAACUGCACACAAAAGGAGGAGUGGUUCAGCGACACCGUGACGGCGAUUGUUGUUCCCCCAUAUAUGGAUAGCUCCGAAAUAGUGAGGAGGGGAUGGAAGAGAUACAAUUUGAGUUUAGGCCUGGGACUGAACAAAGUGGCUGGAAAAGUCUUCAGGAUAGGGCAUCUUGGCAAUCUGAAUGAGCUGCAACUGCUGGGUUGUCUUGCCGGCGUGGAGAUGGUGCUCAAGGAUGUGGGCUACCCCAUCAAGCUCGGAAGCGGGGUCGGGGCUGCUUCCGCAUACUUCCAAAACAACACCCCCUUGAUCGCAUCCAGGAUCUAAAGAAACAGGAUUUCACCUGCCUCAGGCCCUCAGUCAUGUAAUUAGUUGUCCCCUUCAACCGUUAUUCCUUUCGAACUCCAUGUAGAAACAUACAUUAUUUUCCUAUUUUUGCACGUACUCUCAUGGUUUCCC